AUGGACGAGAAAAAAUCCCAGCUUGUUGACACCAUAGAAUUAAUUGAGAGCAACGGCAGAAAUAUGUCAGAUUUCCACCUGAUCGACAGCUUAAAAACUCUGAGACAGCUACGGUCUGAUAUUAAAGACAUUAAAGAUCCGCCAGAAUACGAUGGAGGAAAUUUUUUUGAUGACUUGCAACAAACGUGGUUAAUUGAUGUCAUUGCUGAUGAAGUAGGAUUUUUUCAAAACGGAGAUAAUCCAAAUGGUGAAAUGUUUUUCACUAAUAAUGAGAACAAAACCAUUUGCCAACUCUUUCCUUUUGGAUCUGUCUCUGUUAUCGCAAAUACAGAAGAAUUACUACCACAAGGAAUCUGUGAGUCGGUGGAUGGUGGUCUCCUGGUCGCCUUGACAGAUUAUUCUGAAUACUGGGAACCUUUUACAAGUUUAGUAAGACAUAUGACCUUAACAGGUGACGUCAUACGUGAUAUCAGUGAUCCGUAUUUUCAGGAUCAACUUUUUUCUUUUCCACAACGAAUUACACAGAAUGGUAACAGUGACAUCUGUAUUGUAGACUGGGCAUAUCCAGUGGAUAAUCUGAUUAUUUUGUCUUCACUUGGUCAAGUUAAGAGGAAGUAUGGGGGUAAUGUGACUUACGACGACGAAUAUAAGUUGCACCCGAUUAAGAACUUUGAUCCGUAUGACGUGGCAUGUGACUCUUUUUGGAACAUACAGUGA